AUUUCAUCUAUGGAUAUAUCAUGGUAAACACGUUGUGUAGUGUCUAUAUACUCAUUACUGUCUCGUGUCUCGUAAAUCUUGAAGACUGAUUGUAAUGAUUUAUUUAGACAAUUUUGUGUUUUAAUUUUGAAGAAAUAAAUAUUUAAAUUCUCAUCAUUCAUGAUGGUUGUUGAGACCAAAAAUGAUGAUCCUUUUAUGGAUGAAAACUUCGAUGAUGUUUCGGAAGAGAAACAUCGAAAUUUAUUAAAAAAAAUUACAUCUAAAACAAGCAGAAAAAUCCAACCUAGUGUCCGUAACGAGCCCAGUUUACAAGUUUCGGAAUUCCACCUUUCAUGUGGACAGCAAUCAACAAAUGUCAAAGAUUUGGCUGAUGCAUUGAAAAAAAAGGCACCACAAAUCAGGCAAAAAAUCCAAGUAGCCAAAUCUACUAAACAGGCAUUAAAAAAGCCAUUAGAUAAAGUUCAUGCUGAUAAAAUAAAAAGGGCUGUGGCGUAUGAGAACUUUAAAAAACAUAUAAGUCGAUGGUCCGCUGUAGUAGCGAAAAAUAAAGAUGCUGAUCAAUUAAAGUUUCCUUUGAGAAGUUCCGAGGUACAAGUUUUUGAUAAUCGCACAAUUGAUUUCACUAGAAAUUCUGUAGAGCCCACAGAUUUGCAGAAAAGUAUCACAAAUUUAUUGCAGUCUAGUGAAACAGCUUCAAAACAUCAAAAAGAUCUAAAAAUGUCUUGGAUAGAAAAAGAGAAAGAAAAAUAUCCAUUAACAUUAAAAGAAUUGUUAGAAAAGCGUAAAACAAUGGCAAAAUUUAGAGCUCAAGAAUCUUAUAGGCACGCUAAAGCACACAGACAGAAUAAAAUCAAAAGUAAAAAAUAUCACAGGUUGUUGAGAAAAGAAAAAACUAAAGAACAAAUAAAAGAAUUUGAAAAACUACAAGACACAGAUCCUGUGGCUGCAUUAGAAAAACUUAAUGAAAUAGAAAAAACCAGAGCUGAAGAACGUGCCAGCUUGAGGCACAAAUCAACUGGGCAAUGGGCACGAAAUCAUGUCAUUCGAGCCAAAUAUGAUAAAGAAAGUCGAAUAGCUUUAGCAGAACAGUUACGUAAAAGUAAAGAUUUGACACAAAAAGCAGGGCCAUCUUUGGAUGAAGAAGAUAGUGGUAGUGAUUCAAGUGAAGAUGGUAUUGAAUUCUCUGAAAAAUUAAUUGAUCCUAACAAUCCAUGGCUUGCAGAACGAAAAGAGUUUACCAAUUUCAUAGAUGGAUAUAAACAAUUUGUUCAAGAUAAUGAGAAAAAUUGUUUGGAUAAAAAUGAACAAAUAAACUAUGAAUUAAGUGAAAGUGAUAAUGAAAUGUUACCAGAAAUUAAUAAAGAAACGCCUACUAAAUUAUUAAGUACAAAUAAAAACAAAAUUACAAAGCCAAAUAAAAAUAUAAAAUGUAAAACUAGCAAUAAAAGUAAGCUAAAAACAAUCACAAUUGAAGAUUUGGAUAACCUCAAUGAAGAAGAAAGUUUUGUUGAAGUUCUAAAAAUUAAGGAUGUCAAGAUAAAAAACAAUAAAUCUUUAGAGGAUGUUACAAAGUUAAAAGACAACAAUAAUUUAUCCUGUUAUCAAACAGAAGUUAAUAAUAAAAUACAUAUGCCUGAAAAAUCUUGUAAUAAAAUUGAAAUGAUUCAUACUCCUUCAGGAACAUGGACCGUUUCAUCUGAAUAUAAAAAAACAAAACAAAAAACACACAAAGAUGUUGAAAGUGUUCUUCAAUCUGUUGAAAAAGCCUUGAGAAAUGAAAUUGAUAAAAAGUUUAAUAGUGUUAGUAAAAAACUUCAAGUGACUGGAUUAGAAAAGAAGAAACCAAUUAAUGAAGAAAAUAUUCAAGGUAAAAGUAAAAAUUAUAGAGAAGAUGAAGAAUAUUUGAAGAUGCAUAGUAAACGACCUAAAACUAAAAUAGAUGAACCUUUAAAUGAAAAUAUAAUAAAUUCAAGUGAAUUAAGUACAACCCAUAUAGAAAGUGGAAAAUUGAAUAUAAAUAUAGAAAACAAAAAAAAGGAAAAUGAAAAUAUUAACCCUACUGAGUUUCUAAAAGUGACGCCUGUUCACUUGGAUACUAAAGAAUUGGCUCAAAUUGAAGAUUGCAUUGACGAUGGAGAAAAACAAGAAAAAUUAAUUGCUGAAGCGUUUGCUGAUGAUGACUUAAUUAAUGAAUUCAAAGAGGAAAAGAAAAAGUUAGAAGAAGAAUCUAAGCCAAAAAAUGAAACGGAACUUCCUGGAUGGGGAAGCUGGGCUGGUCCAAAUAUAAAAAAAAAAAAAAAUUUUAAAAGAAGGACUAAUAUGGGUAUGUUUAGAACACCUGUCAAACCACCUCGUAAGGAUUUCCAUAGAGAGAAAGUAAUAAUUCAUGAAAAAUCUGAUGAUUCAAUCAAAUGUCAUAUGGUGUCAGAAUUACCAUAUCCUUUUAGAGAUGUUGAAGAAUAUGAAGAAACUAUCAAAUUGCCAGUUGGUCAAACAUGGGUACCUGAAACUGUUUUCCGUAAGCUAACGGCACCACCCGUCAUUACAGAAAUGGGCCAGGUUAUUGAUCCAAUAAAUGAGGAUUCUGUUGUAAAACUUAAAAUAAAUAAUUGAUAAUAAUAAUGAUGUUUAUUAUUUUAAAAUAGUUAUAAUUGAUAAAUUAUACACGCAUUUAUAUAGUAAUAAAUUGCAUAAUACAGAAAA